UAACCCAGGGUUUGUGAAGAGCCGCAAUCCGCAAAUUGAGCAGUGGGGACAGGGGCACUUCCUGAGUGUCAAUGGAGCCAGUUCCUCGGCGUAUGCUGGGCUGCCCGUUGUGUCUCCGCCUGCUCCGGGAGCCGGUCACCGCCGCCUGCGGACACUCGGUGUGCUCCCGGUGUUUGAGGGCGGCUCGGGGCUGCCCGGGUUGCCUGGAGCCGCUGGGGGAAGAGCUGCCAGGGAACCGGGUGAACGUGUUGGCCAACGGGUUGCUGCAGAAGUGGUUCCCCGAGGAAGGGCAGCCGAGUGCGGUCACCGAGUGCAGUCAGGGACCGAUCUCUCACUCCCAUCAGAAUCUGUCACUGGAGGCUACAGAGUGUUUGCAGAAAGGACAAGUGCCUUUAACGUGGGAUGACUGUAGUGAGAAAUAUCUGAUAUUUCAAACAAUGGCAAGCGAUGCAACAAGCAAGCUUUCUGAAGAAAGAGAGAGCAUCUCAGACUCGGAUGAAGAUAAUGUCUCAUAUUCCUGCCCCUGCUCUCGGUCUGUGCCUCCUGAACUCCUCAGCAUCUCAGACUUUGAGUGCUCAGUCUGUGCAAGGUUAUUAUUUGAGCCAGUCACCACCCCCUGUGGCCAUACCUUCUGCAAGAAAUGUGUUGAGCGAUGUAUGGAUUACAGACCGUGCUGCCCUCUGUGCAAGGAGGACCUGAGAAAGUUCCUGCAGCAGAGGCAGUAUCGGGUCACCCAGCUCCUUGACUCCCUCAUCACCGUGUACUUCCCCACAGAAUUUGCAGAGAGGAAACGGCAGAGUGAAAUUGAAAUGGCGGAACUGUCCAAUUUGACGAAGGACGUUCCGAUUUUUGUCUGCACAAUGGCAUUCCCAGGAAUCUCCUGCCCACUGCAUAUCUUUGAGCCCCGCUACAGACUGAUGAUGCGACGAUGCCUGGAGACAGGAACUAAAACAUUCGGGAUGUGCAUAUAUGACGGUGGAAAAAUUUUUGCAGAUUUUGGCUGCAUGCUGAAGAUUGAAGAAAGUGAAAAUCUCCCAGAUGGUCGGUCUCUAGUCAGCACUGUUGGGGGACGUCGCUUUAAAGUGUUGAGAAGAGGACAUAAAGAUGGGUAUAACGCAGCUGAUGUUGAAUACUUGGAGGACAAACAAGUCACUGGGGUCGAACUGACUGACCUCUGCCACUUGCACAGCCGUGUCUACGCACAGGCUCGGAACUGGUUUGACCAUCUGCCCAGCAUUCUCCAGAGACGGAUACACACCCAACAUGGACCCAUUCCAGACCAGGAAGGAAAUGUACAGGCCUCUCCAGAUGGUCCUCAAUGGUGCUGGUGGCUCCUGGCUGUUCUCCCAAUGGAUCCCAGUCUUCAAAUGAUACUGCUGUCAUCUACGUCAUUGCAUCAGCGACUGACGCACCUCCAGCGGGUCCUGCAUUAUUUAGUGCAGAAUCAGAUCCUGUAAUUGCAAAGCACCAGGGAGAUGGUAACAUCUCUUUUAUUAUGUACUCACUCCUACCAAUAUGCUGGAGAGAUUCCAACAGGGCAGGAGGGGGGUGAGGUAUCUGUCUUCUGAACACUUGGAGACUGCAAUCUUUGCUUGUCCGAUAAUUGGGUAGGUUCUGAAUUGUCAAAACCUUGUCAAGUUAUUUCUUGUUCAUUCAGGAGCUGUUGGCUUUGUUGACUUGGCCAGUAUUUAUUGCCUAUUCCUAGUUGACCUUGAGAAGGUGGUGGUGAGCUGCCUUCUUUAACUGCUGCAGUCCAUUUGGUGUAGGUAGACGUACAAUACGGAGGGAGUUCCAGGAUUUUAUCCUAAUGAUGCUGAAAGAAUGGGUGGGUUAAGACGUUCUGAAAUGAUGUAUGGAGUUCAGAUGAGGAGUAAUUUGAUCCCGACAGGAUGAAGAUGCAGAGGUUUCUGCAUUCUCUGUCAGGUCAGUAAGCUAAGGGACCACCCAAACGUCAUGCAGCACUGGCUGCUGGUCCACAGGCUGGAAUAUGAGAGCACUCAACCUCCAAUGGACAGUGACCACAGGAUGAGGUUCCUUUGAAAACCUGGCCUCUGCCCAAGGUCCGCAGUAAGGGGAAAGAACAUUUCUAACAGGGUGACAUGAGCACUUGGCUGGAUGCUGCUGUGAAGCAGUGAAGAGUGUCGUCAUUUUCCACAGCUUGAUCCAUUUUACCACCAAAUGAUAAUUACCUAUUUCCCUCUGUGGCAGACUCCCUAUUUAAUUAUUGACAUCCAUGAGUUCUUGAAAUCUGCAAUUUUGUAAAUUCUUACAAGAUUAUGGAAGUACAGAAGGGGCCGAUGAACAUUUUCUUGUUGAGAUUCUGUACAUGGCUACAGCUCCUGCAUUUAACAUAUGCUAUGGACUAAGUAAGACCAAUCAAAACAUUCUUAAGCAGGCAGCUCAGACCAUAACAUCACAAUUUGUUUCAUUAAGUAUUACCCAGAUUAAGUUAGCUAGGUUGACUACUAGAUUUUAAAACAGACAAACAUUUAUUCACAAAAUUACACAAUGAAACUCAAAGAACAGAGUAAAGAACCCCUAUAGAACUCAACAUAUCCAACUAGCUUUUCAACUAGAGUAAGCAGCAGGCCUCCCAGUGAAUCAGCUAUAUCAUUUGCAAGGACAAAUUUGUAUUCCUGG